CUCGCCGUCCGACCCAAUCCGCACGCGAACCCUAGGCUAGGGCGAGGUGAUGAGAUGGGACGCGGCCGACGCGGAGGCGGUUCUGGAGCGGAUCUGGGACCUCCACGACCGCCUCAGCGACGCCAUCCUCGCCGUCUCCACCACCCACUUCCUCACCGCGCCGCCCCAGCGCCCCGCCGCCUCUGCCCGUCGGAACAACGGGUACGUCUUCUUCAAGGACCGGCCGGAGGGAGGAGGAGCCGAGGACGGCGGCGGCGGCGGCGGGUCGGCCCUAGCCGCGGCGGCGGAGGCCAUGGCCGAGGCCCGGAGCCUGCACGCCAUCCGGUCGGCGCUCGAGGACCUCGAGGACCACCUCGAGUUCGUGCAUACUGUUCAAUCGCAGCAGCAGGCUGAACGGGAUGCUGCCAUCGCAAGGCUGGAGCAAAGCCGUGUAGUCCUUGCUACGCGGCUAGCUGAACAUCAGGGGAAGAAGUAUAGAGUCAUUGAUGAGACCUUAGCAUUUGUAGGUGAGGUUAGCGACAAGAGUCGAUUUAUCUCGCCAGAAGAUCUCCGUGCAACAGGCCAGUCAGGGGAGGAGGCAGUAGAAAAUGGGGGCAAUGGUUCCAGUAUCAUGGCAAACUUGUUAUCUGGUAGUCUAUCUUUAGCCAAGAAUUCGUUUCGAGCGGACAAGAUCGGUGGUGCUCUGGGUAAUGCGGCAGUGUUUGCAGUAAGUAUGCUCGCUUUCUUGCAGUUGCAUCAAGUCGCAUUCAGAAGUAGAACCCAACCUAUGGAAUACAGGAAGAGGAUUGAUUACAGUUACCAAUCUGGGAGCUCACAACAGGGUGGCAAAGGAAAGCAUCUUGAGGUGUACCUAGCCAGAGGCUGAGAAAUAAUCAGAUCACAUGCAGUUUGCCUGUACAGAAAAGUUUUGACCCAGUGAUAGGUUUUGUCGGUUUUGUUAGGCCACUAACCAUUCUUUACAAUGGACUGGACAGUGUUCCAUACUACUAAGGUACUAGACGUGACAUUCUUUCGGAUGGAUUUGUCUACCUUCCUCGAUACUCAGUUCUACCCCCAAAUUGUAAAUGGAUUUGUCCUUACUGAUGGAUUGUUUUGCUGAAAGCAUGUUUGAAGGCGGCCGUCUUGAGUCCCAUUCUGCUCCUAGUUGCUGCUUGAGCUCAUCCCAUGAAGACUACCCGGUUCUUGUUAGUUGUUACAUCCUCAUGAGGACUUCUCAAGGUUCUCUGUUUUACUGACUCUGUCAUGGCUGUUGUACAAAGCACAUGUGACACUUGUAUUUCUUUUUCCUCUUUAAUGGAGAUGGAGUACACUUGAGGGCAUGUGCUUUGCUCUUUCUUGUGCUUGAUGAUGCUCUCAGACUUUUC